AAAACCAUGAAAGAAUUUCUUUAUUCUCCCCGUCCUCUCUUCCCUCUUAGUGGAAUUUGUUUCGUUUCCCUCCAACCUUCGAAGCUAAGGCCGCCGCUACAAACCACAGUCCACAGAAUGGAGUUCGGAGGGUCAGAUUCCAGUGGCCGCGAGUUCAAGAACGCCGACGAAAUGUGGAGGGAUCAGGCCGGUGAUCCCAGCAAGAAGACUGAGUGGUACCGCCAAGGCGUCGGCUAUUGGCAAGGCGUGGAGGCAUCGGUGGAUGGGGUCUUGGGAGGGUAUGGGCAUGUGAAUGAGGCGGAUAUUCAGGGUAGCGAAGCUUUUCUCAAUACCCUCUUGUCUGAAAGAUUCCCCAAUGCUGGCACAGACUCCCACCUCGUUGCUCUUGAUUGUGGUUCUGGCAUUGGGAGAGUUACCAAAAAUCUUCUCAUAAGAUAUUUCAAUGAGGUCGAUCUUCUUGAACCUGUAUCACAUUUCUUACAGGCUGCCCGUGAAAGUUUGGCUCCUGAAAAUCAUAUGUUCUCAGAUAUACACAAAGCCACUAAUUUUUUUUGCAUGCCUCUCCAGGAAUUCACGCCCGAUGAAGGAAGAUAUGAUGUUAUAUGGGUGCAGUGGUGUAUCGGGCAUCUCACAGAUGAUGAUUUUGUGACAUUCUUUAACAGAGCUAAGGCUGGCCUUAAACCUGGUGGCUUUAUCGUCCUGAAAGAGAAUAUAGCAAGAACUGGAUUUGUGCUGGACAAUGAAGAUCGAAGCAUAACCAGGUCUGAUUUAUACUACAAGGAGCUCUUUAGUCAUUGUGGACUGCAUAUUUACAAAUCAAAGGAUCAAAGCGGAUUGCCCGAGGAAUUAUUUGCUGUGAAGAUGUAUGCGUUGACUACUGAUUCACCAAAGCGGGUUCAUAGGACCAGAUCUAAAGUGCAAGGCAAUAGACCUAGAAUCAUUAAGUGAGGAAUUGUGUCUUGAACUUCUGAGAUAUCUACAGAAAGAGCUGUGCUUUCCCAACCAGAUUUUAUGUGAUGCGACUUAUAGAAUUUGAAGACUAGUCCAGGUCUGCAAUUUUCCAUUGUUCAUUGUUUAUUGCCCUUCCAUUCUUGUAAGAUGCCAUCUUUUCUACCUGUUUCAUGUACUCUUACUUUUGCACAUUUCACCAGCUUGCAUUCACCUGCAAAUGUUAUUGAAACUACAUAUUGGUUUUUGUUGUAAAUCUAGAUACCAUAACCAUUGCUUAUAAAACAUAGCCAUUAAGGCUAUGUUUACAUUAAUUGUUUCCCCUCUGGAGAUCUUCCCUAUGAUUUGUAUUCUUGGUUAAGUGGUGAAAUUUAUGUAAAUGUUAGUAUCUUCACAUAA